CGUGACGCAAGGGCGAGCGGUCUUUCGUUCGCACGCUGAUGUUGCGGGCUGGCUCGCCCGAUCGCCUGCGCGCGCUAGCUCGGAGCCCAGAGCCAGCCGAAAUCACAUUGUAGAAAUGAUGACACCUAGCUUUGGCAGCCGUCACGGUCCUCGCCCCCGAUAGGUUUGUCUCGUUCCCGCGUACGAUGAUUGCCCGUUUGUAGGCUACGAAUUCCGAGUCGCAGUUCAAAAUAUGGGCGACAUAAACAGACAGCUGAGAGACUACCUCAGCCGCAACGAAGCGAAGAAAGAGAGCUCAAUAUUUGCGAGCACCGAAUCUCUCAAAAAGUUGCUCAGCUCCAGCAGCGGUAGCUCCGAGCCAUCCUCUAACGUCGCCGGCAGCAACGGCUGGUUUUCCGAGGCUGCUGACGACUCCUGCUUGCCUAGCCUGAGUAGAAAACAGCGCAUUGUUGGCUUCGCUGGAAUGCUGCUGAUGGGUUGCUUCUGCAUGGUCUUGGCAGGACUUUAUAUUCCCGUGCUAGUCUUCAAGGCCCGGAAGUUUGCUUUGCUUUACACGCUAGGAAGCCUUUUUAUAAUUAGCAGCUUUGCCCUGUUACGAGGACCAAUGAACCAUGUAAAGCAACUGUUGUCGCUGAAGCAGCUUCCAUUUACGACUGCCUACUUUGGGACCACAUUUGCAACACUCUACUUCGCAUUGGUGGUCAAAAGCACACUAUUGACGGUGCUGUUCACAAUAUGCCAGUGCGCAAGCAUAAUUUGGUUUGUGCUCGCCUCAAUCCCUGGUGGAGAGACCGGACUAAAGUUCUUCUCUCGUGUAUUCACCGGUGCAGUCUCUCGAACUGCAAGCAAGACGUUACCCGUUUGAGUGCAUUCGUAGACAAUAUGUUGGGCCACACUUAUGCGAGCCCACAAAAAUAGAGUUGAUACUCGCCAUGGUAACUCUUUGCAAACUUGUACAUAUGACAUCUAUUUAAGAUCGUUACCCAAUUAGUCGUUCACGACUGUUCAAAAUGGUUAUGAAAUAAAAGUGUACUUUUGUAUUUUU